AGGGAAACGAGAAAAAGGACCGCGGUUGGUACCUAAGCCAUUUUUUCUUUUAAAACAAAAAAUGGCCGCUAUCUCCAGUAAAAUCGUCAAGGAUAAGGGCGUCAGCCCCAACGAGCUCGAAGAGGAGGUUGCCAAGGCCAUCGUCGACAUCGAGGCCGCUCCGGUAUUCACUAUUCAACAAAGCAUUUUAGACUUGUUUUAGGCUUGUCAACAACAGCUGUUUGAUGUUGUGGAUUUUGCCAGGAUUGUGGGUGAUUUAGAUAGGAGUAUAGCAGAGCAAGAAGUCGUGUUUAGAUUACACACAGAAUUUGGUUUUUAGAUUGCAAUUUGGGUUCUCUCCUGUCGGUUUUUUGGUUCCCUUUCGCGAUAGAUAAAGUAAUUUAGACUUGCAAAACUUGCAAAGCUUUAUUUGUUCCAACGGAGUCGUGUUCCAAGAACAACAUGGCAAUGCUCAUUUCCCAAUCUUGAAAUAUUAAACCAAAACAGGGCAACGAGCUCAAGGCUGAUCUGAAAGAUUUCCGCUUCGCCGGCGCCAAGGAGAUCGAGAUCACCGGUGGAAAGGUGAACAAGAAUGGCAUCAUCAUGUUCGUCCCCUAUGUCGUCUACAUGGAUGCUCGUAAGUUCAUCCCGAAGUUGAUUCGUGAGCUCGAGAAGAAAUUCCAGAAGAAGACUAUCACCAUUGUGGCCAACCGUACGAUUAUGGACAAGAACUUCCGUCGUAAGGGUAUCCAGGUGCGUCCGCGAUCCCGCACCCUGACCGCCGUCCACGAAUCCAUCUUGGAGGAUGUCGUCUACCCGAGUGAGAUCGUCGGAAAGCGCACGCGCAUCUCCGCUGAUGGAAGCAAGCUGUUGAAGGUAUAGACUCUCACUAUGUCUAGAUCAGUCCUCGUACUAGCGAUAUAGAGGAACAUUUUUUUUUUCGGAUGUUCCAGUGUAGCGGAGGAUCAGAAGUCUGCAUUCUCGGCGUCCCGCAUUUUUUAGAUUAUCACACUAAGAUAUUGUGCUUUUCAUGGUGGUGGAUUUAGAAAAUCCGCCAUACUCUUGCUCAUUCUUAAAACAUCAAAACAUCAAAUCACCGCAGGUCAUCCUCGAUCGUAAGGACAAGGAGAGCGUCGAAGAGAAGCUUCACGUUUUCUCUGCCGUCUACCGAUCCUUGACCAACAAGGACGCGCAGUUCUCCAUCACUGAGGGAAAGGCGAAGGAACAGAAGUAAGGAUCUUUGGGACGCCUGGAAGAGCAAAUUUGAGACGAUACUGUGCCAUGGCGAGACGAUGAUACUCGAUUGCUUUGUGGAGAUGAUGAAAGAGAAGCGAAUAAUUGGGUUUCUGUGGCUUUGGGAUGACUUUCGAAAGUGAUGACUGAUUAUUGUGUGUUGAACACGUGCAGUUGUGUUUUGAGCAUAAGGACAUUUCAAAGUUCAUAGAAAUCGUUCUCUCGUAAAGUGGCACACAACCGCAAAAUACAACCGCGUCAAAAAGUAGAAGACCCGACUGUGCGGUCGUCUACGUCAUAUGAGUGUACUGUCUAUGACAGAGUGUGUGUUCAUGCGUGGCGGUGAAGAAAAUGCGGGA